AUGCUAAUUAAGGUUUUUGGUUGUCUUGCAAAUGCUACCACUCUUCAUCACAAUAGAAAGAAGUUUGAUCCAAGGGGAAGAAGAUGUGUUUUUCUAGGGUUUAAGCCUCAGACCUUACAUAGACCAUGCCUUUCCCUUCCCUUCCUCAGUAGGCCACUCGCUAUUCCUGGUUCUGCAGCUCAGGAAAACAGAAUAUUCAACACAACUAAUGUUGGCAGUGUUAACAUCAGGGAUGGUCCUUAUCAGGGAAACAAGACCCGCACAAAUAAUAGCUGGAAUGCUUCUUUUUUGAGCAACUUUUUUAACAAUGACAAAGGCGGAAGUUCUAGUGGAAUUGAGAGCUCUAAUGCAAGAGGAACCAUGAACUUUUUGGGUCUCUCAAAGGACAAAAUGGCUUCCCCACUUGAGAAUGUGUCUUCUCUUCUUGCACCUGUUCAUGAACAUGCUCACCAACUACAGUUAGGAGUUGAUAAAACCAGCAAUACAAGACUGUGGAAUACCUCUGCCGGUGCACCAAACAUGUUAGGCAUUGGAAGCUCCAGCAAUGCAUUUGCCAGUAUUUACCCAACAAGCGUGAUCUCAGGGCCUCAUCCUCAGCCAUUUAAUUCCAUAUUCUCAAACAAUGGAAAUAGGCCUUCAGGGUUAUCUCAAUCAAGGCCAGAAAACUUCAAGUCUUUCAUGCCAAGCAAUAACCUUGCAGAGUCUAUGGUGCAUCAGCCACGGCCAACAGAUUUUAUUAAUCUCUCAGAUUUGACUCUUGCGCCUCAAUCAAGGGCAGAAAACCUCAUGUCCUACAUGCCAAGAAAUAACCUCACACAGUCUCUGCCAAGGCCAGGAGGUAUUAUUAACCUCUCAGGUAUGUCUGUGUCUCGGCCAAGGCCAAAAGAAUCAAUGGAUAACGUGAGUCACAUGACUAAUUACCUUAGAGAACAGUCUCUCAUGUAUCAUCAGCAUCAGCAUCAGCAUCAGCAUCAGCGUCAGCAUCAGCAUCAGCAUCAGCCAAGGCCAGAAGACCCAAAUGAUGAAGUGGGUAAUUACCUUAGAGAAAUGACUCGUAUGUAUAAUUUGUAUCACCCUGAGACAUGGCCAGCAGAGUCUAUGUCUAGCCUGAAUCCCUUAAGGCACUCUCUUUUGUCUCAACCAAAGCAGGAAGAGUCAGUUCCAAGUAAGAACCUCCCAGGGUCAAGUGUUUUGCCUUCACUAGCUGCACACUUUUCUAAUGAGUCAGAUACUUCACCAGACUUCAAAAACAGCACUUGCCUGAUGCAGACAAGUCAAGAACUCAUGCACCAACAAGCUGCACUAAACACUCCCCCAGCAACUCAUGGUUUUCCUGACAUGAAAAUGAAGCAAAGGGAAGACUAAAGGGUAUUUGGACCUCAAUCUGUAGCAGAAGUACCUUUUCAUGAAUAAAAAGGAAGAAAAAGAAGAUCCGGAAAUCACUUUCUAUUCUACAUUCUCUCUCAAUGAGCUCUACAAGUACAAGAAAGAUGAUUAGGGUUGAAGCUCACGCCUUCAAGUCCAUGGAUUCUAUCUUUCUUCCUUUAUAUGUUUUUGUUGAUUUUAGUUUUUCUGUGCCUGGUUAAACCCACUUUUGUUGGGGUAAGGAAUAUUUCUAUGCAACCCAUGAAUAUUUUAUUUGGGAUUUUUAAUAAAACUUUGUUUUUCCUAUCUU